CUGGGAUUAGGGUUCUUGGUAUUAUAGGGUUCUUCGCUUCUCUCUUUUCUCUAGUGGCAUUUGGCGAUGGCGCUCUCCGACGAUUCGAGCUGGAUGACUGCCGCGCACAGCAUGGGCACCACGAUCAUUGGCGUGGAGUACGCCGACGGUGUUGUUCUUGGAGCUGAUUCGCGAACCACAACAGGAAUCUAUGUCGCAAACCGAGCUUCCGAUAAAAUCUCCAAGCUGACCGACAAUGUCUACAUUUGUCGAUCUGGAUCGGCAGCAGACACGCAAGUAAUCUCCGAUUACGUUCGUUACCUCCUCCACCAGCACACGAUUGUUUUGGGUGAACAAGCAACUGUCAAGGCAGCUGCGAAGCUGGUUAGAGAGAUUGCCUACUCGAACAAGUCCUUCCUCGAGGCUGGAAUGAUCGUCGGAGGUUGGGACAAGCACGAGAAAGGUAGCAUCUUCGGUGUGCCAAUCGGUGGAACUUUACUCCGCGUGCCUUUCACGAUUGGAGGCUCUGGAUCGACCUAUAUAUUUGGUUUUCUCGAUCAAGCGUGGAGGCCAGGAAUGAGCAAACAAGAAGCACAAGACCUCGUCGUUAAAGCCGUGUCUCUCGCCAUGGCUCGUGAUGGCGGCAGUGGUGGCGUCGUGCGAACUGUGACAAUAAGCUCGGCGGGCGUGACUCGGGAUUAUUUCAGCCACGACAGGCUACCAAAGUGGCACGAGGACAUACCGGCGGGCGUGUCUACGGCUCUCGAGGCUCUGGAAAAUGCCAACGGUGAAUGGAUGGUUGUCUAGAACCGAAUUCAGGACUUUAAAUCCGUGAAAAGCUUGUUCAAGUUUUGAAAACUUGUUUGUUGAUGGACAUGGAGGUGGUCUGCAAUUCCUGGUGUUCUUAAUUUUGAAAACAAGAAGACGAUCUGUAAGUCGCUGUAGUUAUACAAGACAACCAACUUAAGACUCGUA